AUGAAGGCUUCGUUGUUUACUUCUCCAUCAGUUGGGACCUCAUCUAGGGCUCAACUUUCCUCGUUGCAUGAGUGUUCGAAGGCUUUGAUUGUGCAACAGAGACUACACGACAAGGAUCUAAGGCUACACGAGCAGGCGUUGAAUGUACUUGUGUUUGGCGAAUCGAAUACAAGGGUUAUAGGAUCAACAAAUGAUUGUCAAAUGGACUUUACUGAGACUCAAGAAGCUCAAAAGAAAUGUUCAAAAGCCAAAGAGGAUUAUGGGUUUUCUAUUACGGAUUUGCAAUUUCACAAUAUUGAUAACUUCAAUAUUAAUGAAGUUAGAAAUAGGUCGGAGGAAUCUUCAAAGUCUGAAAAGGAUGAUGAUGAUUGUGGGUGUGAUGAGGUUUCUAUCUCCAAUGAUAAUUCAACAAUUCCUAAAAAGUAA